GAGCUCGGGCUGGAGAGCGGAUGCGCCGCGGGCCCAGCGGCGGCGAAGCAGCGCUCCACCCUCGCAACAGGCGGCCAGGGCGGGCUGGCGCGUCUCAAGUCUGCCUCGGACGUCACCUCCCCGCAGGGGCUGUCCCUGUCGGAUCGAAGGGCUUUGAAAGCCAAGCGCGCGCUGAGGGCUUUUAUCGCGGGGUUCCGCUCGUCCGGGGUUACCCCCCCGUGCCGCAGCUACCGAUCUCUCAUCACGCUCGACGAGUUCCAGCCGUACUUCGCGAAGUUCAAGGACGCAGAGUGCGAGGCCGACUUGAAGAAAGUAAAUGAAGAGGUGAAGGCGUUCAAAGCGGCAUUGAACGACUUAGUCACGAUGGCCCGCAACGCCGAGAACAUUUUGAAGGGCGCCGUGAAGCAGUCGGUGGGCAAGGACGGCCAGAAGAAGCUAGCGGCAUCAGCCCAGAGAGCUCAGGCGGCCGCGGCGGCGCCCGUCGGCAAGCAGCUCCCCUUGUUCGAGCGCGGGUGCGAGAAGGGCACGGCAUGCAAGGUCAUUGACGUCGCCGUCGGUCCAGGAAUUCCGCUGCAGGAGUUGGUCGAGCCGAUCUUGCUCAAGGGCUUCGGGGGGGAGUUCGGGCAGGACGAUCUGGCGACAGCGACCGCCACCAGCACCGCUUUCGCGCCGAAGUUCAGCGCCUCGAAGCUCCGCGGCACCGAGGGCCGCGCCGAGAAGGCUCUGAAGGGGGAGCAGCUGGCGGCGGCCAAGUCCUUGUUCAGCAAGAUAUUCCUGGGCGGGUCUUUCCUGGAUUUCCCAGCGAUGCAUCCUGAGACCCAGCCGGCCGUUUUCGGCAUCCAGAAGAAUCUUGAAACUGUAUCUUGCGAGCGGGGAAGAGGGCCGUCCAUGCGUUUCCACGUGCAGGGCACUCGCCAAAUGGUGAUCACUUCGGUCGAGCGCUUGAAGGGGUACAUGGAGAAGUCCGGAAUGGGCCAGCUGACGCCCGACAACUUGCAGUCAUAUUUCAAGUCGAUGUCCAAGGAGACCGUGGACUCCUACCUCGCCAACGGCGGCGUCCUCCACACGGCCACCGUGGGCCCCUCCGAGGCGAUCCUCGUGCCCUUCAACCACCUCUUCGCCGAGAGGGUUGGCUCUGCGGGCGACGUGGUGGGGAUCAGG